AUGUCCAAUGGUAACGUAGACUGGGGUGCACUCGCUGCCCAGUGGGCCAAUCAGCAGGGAGCAACAGGCGCUGCACACCCUUACUCUCACUUCCCACCAGGAAGCCAUGCACCCCCUUUCCCGGUUCACACCCCACAUGUUGACAAACGACUCCCGUCUGAUCUGGGAUACAUUCCACCGGUGCUCGAAAAACCCCCAACAGAAGCAAUUAAACCACCAUUUCGUCCACCUUAUUCGGGAGGGGCUCUUUUUCCAGCAGCAGCUGCGGACUCUUCUAAAGUUUACGGAGCUCCAGUGCCGCCGCCAAAUUUUAAUCGUACUGCAGUUGUGGAAAAACCUCCAGGCGAAGACAACGACGAAGAAGCUCCUGGGGUUGAUGUUGAACCUGAAGUUUCACAGCGGUCCAUUAUACCUUCACAGAAACCAUCUUCAAUUGUACCACCAGGAGACGAUGUUCCUCCGGGAAUGGAAAGCGAGGCGUCUAGCAAUGUUGUUUCAGCUCCUCAAAGCACGCAUUCAGAUGCACUUAUACCAACACCAUUGGCAACUCCGGCACCGUACCCUCCAAAUCAAUACCCUCCCACCGCAUACCCGCCUGCAGUUCCACCGCCUCACGGAUACCCGCCGUACUACCCACCGCCAUUCCAAGGUGCUCCAGUUCCACCGCCUGGGUAUCACGGUGCUCCUCCCCCUCACGUACCAGGAGGAUACCCACCAAGGGGUCCACCGCCUCCUCAUUUUGGUGGGCAACCUUAUAGGGGUGGAUUCAACAGAGGAGGUUUCUUCCGAGGACCUGGUCCACAUCCAGGGUUCAGGCAUCCUCCGCCUAACGAUCCAGGUAGUUCUUGGCUGACUCCACAAAAUGAAUUGCCGGGAGGUAUUAAAGGUCCAGGGAUGAACGGAGAAAAGGACAUGGAAGACGGGCAGAAGAAAAAACAUGUUCCACUCUGGAUUAAACAAGAGCUGGAGAAAUUAGAAGCCGAUAAGGCAAAAAAAGCAGAAAAAGAAAAAUUGAGAAAUGAAGUAUCGAAUCAACGUAAUUUGUUUGAGCAAAAUGAGAGUUCUAUGGAAAAACACAGUCAAAAUAGUGCAAUGCCAACUAGAAGGUAUUAUGAUGUACCACGAGACGGUUAUGAAAGAAAUGACGAUAGAGAUCGCCUGAAUAGUAGGAGGUCUUUUUCUCAUUCCAGAUCUAGGUCCAGAUCGCCUCCUGAGGUUGGCUCUGGGUUUGAUUUGCGACAAAGACUAAAUGAAUCACAAAGAAAGCGGAGUCCUUCUCCAUUUUUGACCGAAGAAGAAAAAGAGGCAAAGUUACUUAAAAGAACGAAAAUAAUUUUGACAGAAAUUCUUCUCGCUGUCACAAACGAGGAAAUUGAAAGCGUCGCAAGAGAAGUCUACGACGGGGCUAAGCGUAAAGAGCGCCCAAAAGUAAGAGAGGAUUUUAGAAUCGAUUACGAUAGAAGUGAUAGCGAAUCAAGAGGGUCUGCGCCUCGUCAAUCGGACAGUGACUUGGAAUUCGAUCGAUAUCCGAGGAACCGACGCAUAAGUGAGGUAGAGACCGAAAAUAACAGAACCGCUGACCACCGUGAAAGAACACGCUCUCGUAGUAACGAACAUCUGCAAUUAAGUUCUUCAAACAAUCGCUUACCGCCAUCGAUACGAGAGCGAUUUGAAGCAACAGAUAAACAAAAGAGUCUUGAUCGCGAUAGAGAGAUUUUAGGUUCACAAAAGAAUAAAAAAAGCACGCACGAAAAAUCAAAAUCGCCAAGCGCGGAGCGGCAAAAAACUCCCGAAAAAAGAGUUAAGAAUGGUUCUAGUUCUAGGACUGCCAGUAAGUCAGAUCGAAAACGGCACAGGUCAACAAGGUCUAGAAGUGAUGAGAAGCGAAGUGCAAAAAAGUCAGAAAAGAAAAAUAGAGACGAUGAUCAUGAGCCGUCAAGCAAGUCCAGAAGCAAGCAUGAACAUAGGGAUCGAGAUCGUUCUCCACUUAGCCCAGAAAAGAAAAGUAGCAUUAAAAGUAAGAGAAGAAAGUCGAGAUCUAAAAGUGGUUCUGAAAAUGGUAGAAGCCACGCUGAAGAAGGUGGAUCAAAGUCAGUCAAAAAGAAAAUGAGCAGCCGGAAAACCGAUCGUGACAGUCGGAGUCGUUCGAGGUCUAGAUCACGAAGUAGAACUAGAAGCAGAUCUCGCUCUCACGUUGAUAGAAGAAGUGAACGAAAGUCAAAACGUAGAAGAUCGUCUCAUAGAGAGGAGAACAGAAGUAGAUCAAGAGGCAAAUCCUACGACGAUCGGCAUUCGGAUUAUAGCGAUAGAGAUCAUCACGAGGCUAAUUCGAAGAAAAGUAAAAAGAAAAAGAAAAAAUAGAUUCAACGUGAUUUUUUUUCAUAGAAGCGUUGCAUUUGUUGAAGUACGCCAAGUUGAUGUGCUGUUAAUAUUGAUGCUCGAUCUCUCAAAACUUAUUGAUUUUUCCUGCUUAGAGCGUUUUGUCUUUCUUUGAUGGUCUAAUUAUUGUUUGAUGGUUUAUAAAUUUAAAGAUGAAAUAUGGCAAUUCGAAGUUCUUUCUUUAAUUAACAUU